GGAGAAACCCUUUUUCGAUUAAGCUUUAUAUACUAUAAUGAUGCAAGUAAAUAUAUGAAUCAAUAAGAGAAAACCCAGAAUCCAAUAUUCUUAUUAUUUCUGUCAACAUUAACAAAACUCCCAACAAAAACAUACCCAGAAACCAGAAACAAGAAAAAAUGAGUCUGUAGCUUGCCUAGCCCAUUGCAUCUUAAAUUAUGAACAAAAACAUUUUCUGCUACACGAGCCCCAAUGAAUUUAUAUCAGAGUUGAUAAAAGAAUGGCAGCUGAGAGAGACAUAUAGAAAGGGGAAUUGAUUGAGGGGCAGUUGUGGAGUUAAAAGGGAAAGGCCAAGUCCCGAGUGUUUGGUUUUAGGUAAAUUAGGUUGGGUUUUUAUUCUUUAGGAGGAUGAUUAUUAGUUAUUAACGUGUGUGUUUUGUGUUUGUUUUCUCGCUAUGGCUAAAUGGUUUAGGGGAUUACUAGAUAUGGUUUGUGGCUGUAGCAGAAGAAGCUUUCUCAGACUCUCUAUGUCUGCUUCUCUUUUCACAAUUUCCUCUUUAUAUUGCUGUAAUUUGUGCCAUUAAAUGCUUCUUUUCGAAGCACUCAAAAAAGGCUAUUAUAUUUAUAAUGAUGCUGAGCUGAACCCAACUGUUUUUUUUUUUUUUUUUUUUUUACUUUUGAUAAUUUAAUUGCUUAAAUCUCUCUUUAUUCUCUACUGGGUCUUUGGAAUUUGGCUUUAUUUGAACAUUUCUUGUAAUUUUCCCAUCUGGAUUCGGCUGAAUUGUGGAAAGUGGCUUAAAAACUUCUCCCUGAGUUAGGUUUUCCAUUGAAUUACCUCCACUAAAUCAGCAUCAUUUCUGAGAAACCUCACGAUCCAUAUCUUCCUGUACUCAAAAGUUCAAAUGGGUUUCUCUGACUUGAUAUAAGUAGGCGAGCACAGAGUGGCUGCAGAAGCAAAACAACAGCCACAGGCUUCUGUUUAUCGGACCGCGCCGCUCUUGUUUGUCGCUCGUGCGUUUACAAUUUCAAACACAGAUCUCGAGACCCCUUUCCUCUUCGCUACAAUAACUGACAUCUGUUUUGCUUUUAGCCCAAUUCUUCUUUUUUUCCCUUCCCCCGCCAUUUUCUCUUUAUUUAUGUAGAGAUUGAUCUUCCUCCCUCCAUUGGGUUUGAGCUCGAUACAAAGAACUUAGAUUAGUUUUUUUUGGGUUUGUUUUAUACUUUGUUCAAAGACGUGGGGAUUGACUCGUGAGAAGUUUCAUUAGCCAUAAUCUUAGCCGGGUCGGUGACACUGUCGAAUUUUGCUGUUGCUUUGUGGUGAUCUCGAGAAUUGUUUAGUGUUUGGCCUUUGAUGUGGAAUACUGCUCCUCGAACAAGACAUGCUGAGCUCUGAUGGAGAUGCAGACGUUUUCUUUGAUUCAGAAGAUCACUUGCCAUUAGAGGAGUCCUUGGUAGCUGAAGAAGCGGAUUUCAGCAAGUUGGGAUAUGAAAUAUGGAUGAGUGAGCCUCAGAGCAUUAAGAAGAGAAGGGACCGUUUUCUUCAAGAAGUUGGUUUGGUCGAAUUUGCAUCUUCUAGUAUUUGUGCCCAGGAUUCAGAGAUUGAAUCUAGUAGUUCGUCAGAGAGGAUGGAAUUGGAGAGACUUACAGAGUCUAGUGGAGCUGUUUCAAGCUCUGACUAUACACCUAGCUGUAAUGUGGAGGAUAAUGAUUUAGUAGUAUGCCACAAUGAGAUGCAAACUGCUGAAUUCAGCAACGAGGCAACCAGUCAACCGUCUUCUGUUUCCAACUCCAGCUUUCGAUGGUGCCUCGGUGAAGCUAAUGAUGAAGCUUGCCAGGAUAUUGAUGUGGGUAAAAAGAAAAUAUUGACUUGGUGGAGAUCAUUUAAAAACAAGGCAGGAAGACGAAAGAGUACAGAGUUUUCUGGGGAAUCGAAAUUGAAUCCAGCUAAUUCCAAAAGUUGCAGAAUGAAGGUGUAUCAACACAAAAAGAGGUGUUCAGAAUUUAGUGCAUUGUAUAUGAAACAGCAGAUUUGUGCACAUAAGGGAUUGAUUUGGACAAUGAAGUUUAGUCCAGAUGGUAAGUAUUUGGCGAGCGGAGGAGAAGAUGGAAUUGUACGCAUUUGGCAUGUAACGUAUACAAAUGCUUCCAGUGAGUUUUUAACAAGUGAUGAAAAUUAUAACACCAAACCAAGAGAAGGGAAGUUUAGUUUCAGCAGCAAAUCGUCAAGAUUUGCUACUGUUGUCAUUCCUGAAAAGGUUUUCCAGAUUGAUGAGUCGCCAAUACAAGAACUCCAUGGACAUUCAAGUGAUGUCUUGGACAUAGCUUGGUCUAGUUCCAACUGUCUUCUGUCGUCCUCAAAGGAUAAAACCGUCCGCUUGUGGCAAAUCGGCUCUGACCAAUGUCUCAACGUUUUCCACCAUAAAAACUAUGUGACUUGUAUCCAAUUCAAUCCAAUGGAUGAAAACUACUUCGCUAGUGGCUCGAUUGAUGGCAAAAUCCGGAUUUGGGGUGUGAAGAAGCAGCGUGUUGUUGAUUGGGUUGAUAUCCGAGAUCUAAUUACCGCUAUAUCUUAUCGACCAAAUGGGAAGGGGUUUGCUGUUGGUUCAAUUACCGGCACUUGUCGUUUCUACAAAACAUCAGGUGAUUAUCUUCAUCUGGAUGCACAGAUCAAUCUUCAAGGUAGAAAAAAAGCCUCGGGCAAAAGGAUCACUGGCAUUCAGUUUUGCCGGGAAAAUUCUCAGAGAGUGAUGAUAACUUCGGAAGACUCUAAAAUACGAAUAUUUGAAGGAACUGAAAUCGUCAGCAAAUACAAAGGUCUAUCGAAGUCGGGGAGUCAGAUGUCUGCUUCCUUUACGAAAAAUGGGAAACAUAUAGUAUCGGUUGGAGAGGACUCUCGUGUAUAUAUGUGGAACUACGAUAGCCUUCGCCUUCCAUCAAUGAAAGAAACAAAAUCUCAGCAGUCUUGUGAGCAUUUCUUUUCUGAUGGUGUGUCUGUUGCUAUCCCAUGGCCUGGCAUUGGAACUGAACCAAAGUGCUUCAGUAACAACAAACCACAGUUUUCGCAGAGAAAGAAUUACCAAAGGGCUGCUUCUUGGACAAGAGACGAGCGUUUUUCGUUCGGUAAUUGGUUCUCUGCCGAGGUUCUACGCCGAGGUUCUGCAACAUGGCCAGAAGAGAGACUACCUCUCUGGGAUUUACCAAUUGCAGAAGAUGAAAAUGGCAACCUGCAAUACCAAGAUUGUCAUCAAAAGAAACUAAAUCAUCAUAACAAUGUCUAUGGCCACGCAUCUCAACUCGACACAUGGGGACUUGUGAUCGUCGUGGCUGGAUUAGAUGGAACUAUAAAGACAUUCCACAACUAUGGAUUGCCCAUCAAGCUUUAGGAAUUCAAUUGAAGCUGUGCUUGAUAUAGCUCAAUUUAUCUGAGCUUCCAAAAGCAGAAAAGGCUUCAGAAACUGAGAAAACAUGAAAUUUCAUGUGGUUGAUUCUUUAUCCUGUUUGUAUCUUCCAACCAGAGCUAUAGAGGAAAUCCCUUUCUAUUUGUUUAUUUAUUCUAAAAAAGUAUGUUUCAGAGGUCUGAAAGCUCUAAAGAGGCAGGCCACCAUUUUUGCUUGUUUUGUUUUUGUGAAUAUUACCUGCCAAUGUAUUUACACUUAGCAGAUUUUUUUGUCAUUUGGAUGUUUUUCUUACACUUCAUAGUCAAGUGUUAAAUUUUGGAAGAAAA